GGCAACGGGGGACGCCGGAGAGGGAUGCUCGGCCAUGGCGGGUCCCGGCGCCGCCUCCGCCGCCUUCUGGGAGCACCUCCGCCGGCUGUGCCUGGACCAGUUUCCCUGCGGGAUCGGGAGCUGGGUGAGCUGGGGGGAGGCGAGGAGGGCGACGGGAGAUUGGGGGCUGGGGGAGGGGGAGCAAGGGGAGGGGAUCCUCGUGCUCUCUGCCCCUCCCGCCCAGCAAACAGCUAGCUGCCCCAUGGCACUUCCACGCAGGGCUGGCCGAAGUGCGGGGUGCCAAUGGCGGGCAGAGUGUAUUGCGGGGGGAAUGCAAAUUUCAGUACAAUGAAAUACAAUAUAAGAAAUAACAUAAGCAAUACACACAUACACAUUUUUGUGUGUUUGUGUGUGUCUACACACAGACACACACACACACAUAUAGAUAUAAAAGGUAAAGAAUCAUUAGGUCCAGUUGUAGCCGACUCUGGGGUUGCGGCGCUCAUCUUGCCUUAUUGGCCGAGGGAGCCGGUGUACAGCUUCUGGGUCAUGUGGCCAGCAUGACUAAGCCGCUUCUGGCAAACCAGAGCAGUGCACGGAAACGCCAUUUACCUUCCCGCCGGAGCGGUACCUAUUUAUCUACUUGCACUUUGACGUGCUUUCGAACUGCUAGGUUGGCAGGGGCAGGGACCGAGCAACGGGAGCUCACCCCAUCACAGGGAUUCGAACCACCAACCUUCCGAUUGGCAAGUCCUAGGCUCUGUGAUUUAACCCACAGCGCCACCCACAUCCCUCAACAUAUAGAUAUCCACACACACAAAAUUAAAAAUCAUGCUCAGUCCAAUUGCUACAGCAGGUGGGAAGAUGUUUUAAGUGGUCUGCCAAGACCCUCCUCCGUUAUCAGGUCGUCCAUCGGGAGCAAUAGAUGGGGAGCAGCUCCCGUAGACUCUCAGCCUGUGGGUGUCUUGUCUCCUUCUCUGCAGUGGCCCCAGCAGAAGCUUAUACAUCCCUCCUUUGUGUCCUCUGCAGAAUAAGUCCCGUUUCCCACCAAGGAAGGCCACAGUUUCCCCCAGAUGGGCCUUGCCAAAGGCCAGAGCUUCCCCUCGCGAUGGGUUCCUGCCGCCAGAGGAGGAAAGUGUGGAAUCGCUCACCGACUACCUGAGAAGCCUGGGCUCUCCGUGGGCCCUGCCUGCUGACUGCAGCCCUGAGGACCAGCAGCUGAGGGAGCUGGCUGUGCAGGCUCCAAGGGACAUCCAGGACAGCUUAAUCUUCUCUUACUUCAAAUCGCUCAGGAUUGUGAACAAAAAUGUGGGUGGCCAAGACUCUUGGGUGGUUAAGACCACAGCGCAAGGAUUAGGGAACCUCGGCUCCCCUCCCAGGUCAAGUGGGGCCCACCAGCCCUCCCCAUUUGACCUGUAAGGCCAUUGUGGCCAAGCUAAGCCCACUUACCUGUGGGGGCAGCACCUACAAAGCCUUGUGUCUGUUGCUUUGCAAGUGCCAACAGUCAGCUGAUGAUGGAGGGAGUGGGGUUUUCUUUUUGCAGAGCUGUGCAGGUGUUGACAGUCAUCUAAUUGUUGGCACUUGCAUAGGUCAAUGUGUGGCCCUAAACAAGCCUCAGGGAUCAGCUGAUUUUCAGGGCUUGCAUAGUUCUGUGUGGGUAGCACCCAAGCCAUGUUGAAGGAUGCCCUGUAGCCCAAGGAACAGCCUAGUGCUUAUAUUCCGCUCUGAUGCCAAUGCCUUGUUUGUGCCACUUUGACUCAGAGCUUGAGUGCUCCCCUUCUGUGGACAGCUCAGUUGGUUAGAGCGUGGUGCUGACAACACCAAGGUCACAAGUUUGAUCCCUGAAUGGGACAGCUGUGUCUGCCUUCAUUGUAGGGGUUGGACUAGAUGUUCCUCAGGGUCCCUUCCAACUCUAUGAUCUAAGUGCAUCGACUGCUCCUUUCUGACUGCAGAGUUCUCAGGUGGGAUGUAACUGCCUUCUGUAUUUGGAUUGCCAUGGCACUGCGUUUUUGAGUGCAAGUUUUACGCAGUUCUGACAAUUUUAAAACAAGAAAUAGAGUGUGAUUGUUGUUUGCUUUUCUUAAGUCACCUGGCUGCAUUUACUGUGCUAGAUCUUUACAAUGGAUCACUUGUUUCCUGCUUGUGACCACUCACAGUUUAGUCAGGAUUGUGGAACUUGGACUGCUGGAGGCAGCAGCUGUGUUUUGCAACAAGAGGGAUGGGCUGGAUGACCUCUGAGAGACCCUUGACUCCCUGAGCAUGAGCAUUGUUUGUGUUUUGCUCUCUUCCUAGGUGACUGAAAUUGAUGCUGAUUUGUUAAAGUUCCCAAACCUGGAAGAGCUAAUCCUGAGUGCAAAUCACAUCAGCAAGAUCAACUCCAGCAACCUCCCUCCAACCCUAAAGGUACCUGCAGGUGGGAGGGAAGGUAGAUAAGGGUGGGAGACGUGGGAGAAGUUAGUGGAAUGGAAGAUACAUGGAGCUGAGAAUGUCAGCUAGUCGGUGGGAGGACCGGCUGAGGGGUGGGCUGCUGAGCUUCCCACUGGAACACAGGAUUGGCCCCUGUGAGAAACAGGCUGCUGGAAUACAUAGGCCUUUGGUCUUAUCCAGCCUCAGGGCUCUUUCUGGGUCAGAAGGAGUCAGAUUGCAUAUCUUGGUACAGAAAGUAUUGAUUGGAUGUGUAGAGAUCUUUCCUUUUCUCAUAAAUUCAAGAUGGUUCUGGAAGAUUCUGGAAGCUUCUCUGUGUGAAAGAAAGAAGCAGAAAGUUCGUGUUGUGCUUUCCCUGGAGGCAAAAUUCCUAUUCUUUCUCCUUCUAUCUGAGGAGUUCCAUUAAACGAUUUGGAUGUGUACCCAGCACUCUCGCCCUCUUUGUUACCCGAAGGUUAUUUCCUUCCUCUCCCUCUGCCUUCCACCUGGCAGGUCCUAGAACUUUGUGGCAACGAAGUGGAUGGUCUGAAGGACUUGUGUGCUCACCCGCCUCCUGAACUCCAGCAUCUGGGCCUCGGCCACAACUGCCAGCUCGGUUCAUCCGAAGAACAGUAUCUCACAGACACUUACUGGUAAUGGGAAACUUUUAAGCAGGCAGGAAGAGGAAUGGAGGAGAAAUUUAGUUCAGUGCGCAUUUGAAGCUAAAACAGUGGUUCUCAAACUUUUUUCUCUGGGUCUGGUUUUCAGAAAAAAAAUUUUUUUCAUGCCACACCAAAUUUUUCAUAGAUAAAAAAUACAUUGGAAAACAAAAAGGAACAACCAGCAGAGCUUGAUUUAAAACACAGAACACAACUAUUUCAUAAUAUGAUCAUGGGAGAUACAGAAAGUAUUCAAAAAUGCAGCUGCAUAAGAACAUAAAUCAUUCCCAGAAUAUAAUUGUAAACAAGUCUUCUCCAGCACUCUGUUCAAACAGUGAUUCUGGAUCACAGCUAGGAUUUUCCUCUGUAUCACUUGAUGUUCGUGUUCUCAUUUUGCAAAUAUAUCUAUCCAUAUUCUGCAAAUUAUUAUUAUUUUUAUAUACUAUACUACACUGAAAUGUUUGAAUGUUUCUUUGAUCUUGACUCUUCUCACCACCCUUGCUAUACUCUCUGAUCACACCAGUGUGACUCACCACACCCUUUGAGAACCACUGAGCGAAAUCUAUAAAAAAAUUGCACUUUCUGAAACAAUAUGCAAACUAAAAGACAGCCAUCCUUUGAAAUUUGCACUUAUCCAAAUGUUGUGAUGGACCAAAUGUUUAUAAAAAUGUAUAUAUUGGUUGAAAAUGCAUAAAAAUGAUGGUGUUAGUAGGAAAAUACAUACCAAAAUCAUUAUUUUGGGGGAAAUUGCUUGCAAAAAUGUGUACAUUAGUCAAAAUUGCUUAUAAAGAUGUGUUUAUCAUGAGAAAUUUACGCUAAAAUGCUGGUUAAUUUUUAUGAGGAUCUUUUUAAAAGUUGUUGUUUUUUUGGCUGAUUGCUGCAAAUUGUGGGAAACUGAAUUUAGGAUUGGAGAAAUGAGAAACUGGAAGAACUGAAAGUGACAGUUCUUUCCAUCCUUAGGCAGGAAUAUGUUAAGAGUGUGGGAAACACACUAAUCUCCCACCCCAUCUUCUGCCACUAAGUUCAGUCUCCCUUGAGGUGCAGAUGGGGAAGGGCCUUCCUCACAUUCUUGGUCACAAUCAGGUGUGGCUGAGAAGGAGGAAGGAAUUAGAUUUAGUUCUCAGUUAAAAGUGAACUCGCCUAAUUCCCACGUUAUGAAACAAGACACCAAGCAAGACACGGUUACUCUUUGAAAUUUGCACUUUUCGAAUGCUGUUUCCCAACCAAAUAAUGUUGUUUUUAUUAAAUGCAUAGACUAGCCUAAAGUGUAAAGGUAAAGGGACCCCUGACUGUUAGGUCCAGUCACGGACAACUCUGGGGUUGUGGCGCUCGCCUCACUCUAUAGGCCAAGGGAGCCGGCGUACAGCUUCCGGGUCAUGUGAUCAGCAUAACUAAGCCGCUUCUGGCGAACCAGAGCAGCGCAUGGAAACGCCGUUUACCUUCCCGCCGGAGUGGUACCUAUUUAUCUACUUGCACUUUUGAUGUGCUUUCGAACUGCUAGGUUGGCAUGAGCAGGGACCGAGCAACUGGAGCUCACCCUGUCGCGGGGAUUUGAUCCACCGACCUUCUGAUCGGCAAGUCCUAGGCUCUGUGGUUUAGACCACAGCGCCACCCGCUUCCCAGCCUAAAGUGUACAUGCACGCAUUAGUUGAAAAUAGCAUUUACAGUCAUACCCUGGAUCUCUAACACCUUGGCUCCCAAACAGAUCGGCUCCCAAAUGAUCGAAAACCGGAAGUAAGUGUUCUGGUUUCUGAACGAUUUUUGGAAGCCGAAUGUCUGAUGGGGCUCCUGCAGCUUCCGUUUGGCUGCAGGAACUUCCUGCAGCCAAUCAGAAGCCGCGCUUUGGUUUUCUAACGUUUUAGAAGUCAAUCGGACUUCCGGAAUGGAUUCCAUUUGACUUCCAAGGUAUGACUGUACAUGCAUUGUUUUAGGGGAAAUUGCCUUGCAUAAAUGUGUGUAUUAGAUAAAAUUGCAUGCAAACGUAUGUACAGUUCUAUCGCAUCUUGUGCAGGGGUUCAGUACUCAUGAAAAUUUCGUAUAUCCAAACUCUUUGUACCACUCCAUGGCUAGCACCCCCAGAGCCUGUUGCACUGAGUGUAGGCCAUGCUCAGUGAUGAAGGCGGAGAGCAUAAAAGCAUUUUCCAUACUGGGUAACCCCAACCAGACCUUCCAGCUCUGGAAGCCAUGGGGUGCUUGUGAGAGAUCUUGCAGAAACUUGGAUUGUCCUGCUAGAUCUUGCAUGAGCACACAAAAGCUCCCUGCCAUGCUUGGGUUUAACCUGUGCCCUUUCAACCAGCCUGCCUUCAAUCGCAUAUGGUUGAGAUUGUUGGUAUUAAAGGGUUAAGAAGCUCUAAUCAAGACGCUCUAUUCACUGAGCAGCUGGAGGUCGUUAAGCUUCCAGGAAUGCGAGUUUGUAUAAAUAGUCAGCUCACUCGUGUGUUUGCCCCCCCUUCCCUUUAUUUUGGGGGCGUGUUUGCUGAAAUGUGUGGUUCUUCACCAGGGUUUUUGUUUUGUGUAAAUAAACCUUUAUUUGAGUUCCAAACCGCUUGCUCCAAGAUCCCUUUAUUGAAAAGAUGCUGACUCUCCAGCCCUUCUUGAGCCGUUGUGCGAAAUGCUCUGCUGUAAUGGGACGUUGUCGCAUCGGAAGCGCACUGGACAUUUGAUUAGCAUUAAGCUAAUUAAAGUUUAAUGGGACAGGUUCUGGACAGGUUAUGGUGUUUGUACGUCAAGAAGGAGAUAAGGAGUGCAGUUCAGAGUGAUUUAUGAAAGGACUGGAGCGAAGACAGAAGCGGUUGCCGACAACGAAAGCCUUCAAAGCAGCUUGAGUCCUGCAACGUGCCUAGGAAAAGUUUUAAAGAGGCACUGCGCAGUUUGUACUCGCUGGAAGACGUCUUAUUCCUCGAGGAGCCACCUCAGCAGCUGGGAGACGGUCUACAGGUCUGUGAGUAUCGUUCCUAAGCCCCAGGGAGGAUGGCAGAGUCCCAGGAAAGUUUUACUGUCCCAUUUACGCGACUCAAUGGGAAAAAUUGGCAAGAUUGGAAGGCUAGAGUAAGGGUUUGGUUGCAAGCAAAAGAGUUGUGGAGUUGUACUGAAGCACCGCCUUUACAGGCAGCUGCAGACGCGUCUGCAGAAGACAAAGCAGCAGCGGCAGCUUCACAGAAACGCGACAGGAAAGCCCAAGGUCUACUAGUUUUGGCAGUGGGACCAGAGCAAAUGCCUUAUGUUUCUGAGUUAAAGAACACGCAUGAGGUCUGGACGGUUCUGCAGCGGCUCAAUUCCAGAAACACUGCGGGGGCCAAGAUCCAUGCUACAAGAUGUUUGUUUGAUUUACGUCUCCAACCGGGAGCGUGUGUGAAAGAACAUAUUGCCAAAAUGGUGUCUGCCUUUAAUCAACUAAGACAGCUGGGCAUUCCUUUCUCUAUGGAGCAGCAGUCAUACAUUUUGUUGUCUUCUCUUGAUAAAAGCUAUGAGACUCUAGCUUUAACUUUGGAAGCUAUGCCUUCAACUGAAUUAACCCUUGAAUACAUUUCUUCUCGACUUGCAGAUGAACAGGAUAAAAGGCAAAGAGAAAGAGGUUUGUCUUCAAAGGGGAGUUAUGCUGUGCCUAAGAGUGGGGAUGCUGAGUUUGACCACACAGUAAAUGCUUUUGCAGCUAGACACUGUUUUCGCUGUGGUUCCUCUUCCCAUUUAAUCAGGAAUUGUACACGUGAACCUGGUCAAGACAGCACCAAGGCCGUUACCCCUAGUUACCAGACAAGGAGUUCCAGGGGACGUCGAAGAAGAGGAGGAGGUCGUGGCUACUCCCACAGCACACAGCACAUGGCUUCAGCAAUGGCGUUGAUGCAAGGGCGUGGCCAAGGCAGCAAUCUACGCUGGUUGAUCGACAGUGGUGCAUCUCACCACCUGGUGGCGCCAUCUAGUGUCCGUUUGCAGAAUUGCAGACAUUUGCAAACCCUUAAAGUUGUGACAAUGGCAGAUUCAACUAAACGUUCCUUAGAGACCGUAGGCACAGUGUUUUUGAAGUGUUUGCAAACAGAAAUUGAUGCCUACGUGCUAAAGGGAAUGAAGGGGUGUAUUUUGUCUGUGUCAGAACUUGAUAGAAAUGGGUUUAAAACUGUGUUUGAAAAUGGGGUUUGCACUAUUUCAAAGAAUAACGCAUCUCUUUUGCAGGUGGAAUGCAGAGAUGGGUUAUAUUAUUUUGAGACAAGUCCAGAUGAAGUUGAACAGGUUCAUGCUGGUUGUGUGAACUCGCCUACCCAUAAUUCUUGUGUUCAUUUAUGGCACCGCCGUUUGGGACAUAUUAAUUUUCAGUAUGUUAAAAGGCAACCUGAGUUAUCAGAAGGGUGCAAAUUGAACAAAUGUACUAAGUAUUUGGAUUGUACUGCAUGCAAAAGGGCGAAGGUUCAUAGAUGCAGCUAUCCCAGUUCAAAUAGGAAAUCUGACAAAGUAUUCCAACUUGUGCAUAUGGACCUGUGUGGCCCAAUGCCUGUUGCUAGCAUGGGAGGUUCGAGGUAUGCACUGUGUCUCUCAGAUGACAAAACAAAGGUUACAUGGUUUUUUCCUCUCAAAACAAAAGCAGAUACUGCAGAAACAGUUAAAAAUUGGGUUCAUGCAGUAGAACUUGAAUUUGGUACUAGAGUUCUUGCUUUUCAGACAGACAGAGGGUCAGAAUUUACCGGGUCUGUGUUGCAGAAUUUCUUUAAGAAAAAGGAAUUAAGCAUCGUCUGUCUACACCUUAUUCCCCCCAAGAAGGAGGUGUGGCCGAACGUAAAAACAGGGUUCUGCAAGAGUUGGCAAACUCUAUGUUGUUUGAUGCUAAACUUCCUCAAAGUUACUGGGCGGAAGCCUGGCAGACGGCUACUCAUGUUCUGAACCGAGUAUAUAAUUCGGUAAUUGAUACUACGCCAUAUUUUGCUUUAUAUGGGAAGAAGCCCAAAGUUAAUUACUUUCGGGUGUUUGGAUCUCAAGCCUAUGUACUUAUCCCAAAAGCGUUAAGGAAAAAGGGAAGUCCAAGGGCUAGGAAACUCAUCUUUGUGGGUACGAACCACACGCCAAAUCUUGGAGGUUCGUGAACCCAGAUGGGGAUACUACAAGAGUGGUCCUCAGUAGGAGCGCUGAAUUUUGUGAGCAAUCUGGAUGGACUCACUUACAUGCUAACCCUGACAUUUUGAGAGAUGAUUUAGGCAUUUAUGCUGAGAAAGAAAGUCCAGAGGGUGAUGAGCCAGAAGGGGACGGUGCACAUGGUUCAGAUGCAGAUUCUGACCAGGCACAAGGUUCUUCUCCUAAGGUAGAAAAGCCAGAAUCUAAGAGUGUUCCAACAUCGCCAGUCAGUAGGCCUAGCAGACAGCAAAAGCGAAGCAGGUCGCCUGCAACACCAAGCCCAAGGGAGGUAUCUAAACGGAGGUCUUUAUCCCUAGAGGCACGUCCAGACAUAAAGUCUGAGACAGAUUCUGACAGCCAACAGUCAGAGGGGGCACAAGAGGAACAAUUGCGCAGGUCAAAACGUGCCACAAAGGGCAAGCCGCCAGAGCGGUUUAAGGUGACAAGUGUAUACGUAAAUAUGGCACAGUGUGAGCCAGAUAGCUAUAUAGAGGUACAACAGCUUCCAAGCUCAGAAGCCGUAAAAUGGCAGGAAGCAAUGGAAAAGAGAUGGCUUCAAUGAAGUCUCUUGGUGUGUUUACAAGUACAGAGCUUCCGAAAGGGCAACAAGCUGUAGGUUGUCGAUGGGUAUAUCGUUUAAAGCCCACAACUACUGAGGAGUUGCAAUAUAAAGCCCGACUAGUUGCAAAAGGGUUUUCGCAGCGCAAAGGAGUUCACUAUUCUCAAAUCUAUGCCCCUACUUCAAGAUCGGAGUCAUUAAGAAUGCUUUUAGCCUCUUCAGCUAAGAAGGGAAAUAAGCUGUUUCAUUUUGAUGUCAAUGUGGCUUAUUUAAAUGCAGACUUACAGGAGGAAGUCUAUAUGACGCCACCACCAGGUUUUGAAGGAGACAAGCCAAACCAGGUCUGGCGCCUACACAAAUCCAUUUAUGGGUUGAAACAGUCCGCCCGUAAUUGGAAUUCCUGCUUAAACGAUGCUCUAGAGAGCAUGGGGUUCAGAAAGAGCGCAGCAGAUGCGUGUCUUUAUCUAAAAGGCUCGGGAUGUGAACAAGAAGCAGUCUUGAUAUUUGUUGACGAUUUAUUAUACAGUGGAAAGGACGAUAAACUUGCACAACAAUUUGCCACAAAGCUUGGAGAAAAGUUUCAGAUAAAAUCACUAGGCAAUGUAUCUGUUUAUCUAGGAGUUAAAAUUCAGCAAGAUGAAGAUGGGAACUAUUGGCUCAGCCAAGAAGCUAAGAUCCAGCAGUUGCUGGAAAGGUUUAAAAUGGACAACUGUGCUGGUGUUAAAACCCCAAUGGAGUUAAGUUACACAAAGGAUGCUCAAACUGAGCAACAGGCAGAGUUCUGUAAUCCCGGGGUUACCAGUCAGCGAUAGGCAGUCUACUCCACAUUGCACAGUGGACUCGGCCCGAUAUAACAUAUGCUGUCAACAUGCUGUGUAGACAAGCUGAAAAACCAUCAAUGCAUGCUUGGCAAGGAGUAAAAAGAGUUUUAAGGUAUCUCCAAACUACCAAAAGGUUUCGCUUAAAACUAUCAGCAGAGGGCAGCACACAACUUGAAUGUUGGGCCGACAGCAGUUGGGCAGAUGCUGGACCAGAUAGAAAAUCAGUGUCAGGAAUGGCGAUAAAAUUUGGAAAUGCACUAAUUGGUUGGAGAUCAAGAAAACAAUCACUUAUAGCUUUAAGUUCAACUGAAUCUGAGUUCAAUGCAUUAUCAGAUGUAUGUAGAGAACUGGAAUUUUAUAAGCAACUGGUACAAGAAUUGUUUGGAGAAUGUUCCCUACCUAUCAGAGUGUGGGAAGACAAUCAACCUUGUAUUAAACUAGCUAAAUCAGGUCAAUUCAAGGCACACACAAAACACUUGGAUAUCCGUUAUCAAAAUGUAUGCCAAAGUGUAAAACAAGGUUUAAUUGAACUAAAGUAUUGUCCAAGCCAAGAAAAUCUCGCAGACGGUUUUACAAAAGCUUUGAGUCCGCAAUCUCAUAAAUGUUUCUGUUCAGGUUUAAAUUUGAAUUAAGGUUGGUACAGCUCAGUGUUACGAGCGAGGGGGUGUUGGUAUUAAAGGGUUAAGAAGCUCUAAUCAAGACGCUCUAUUCACUGAGCAGCUGGAGGUCGUUAAGCUUCCAGGAAUGCGAGUUUGUAUAAAUAGUCAGCUCACUCGUGUGUUUGCCCCCCCUUCCCUUUAUUUUGGGGGCGUGUUUGCUGAAAUGUGUGGUUCUUCACCAGGGUUUUUGUUUUGUGUAAAUAAACCUUUUAUUUGAGUUCCAAACCGCUUGCUCCAAGAUCCCUUUAUUGAAAAGAUGCUGACUCUCCAGCCCUUCUUGAGCCGUUGUGCGAAAUGCUCUGCUGUAAUGGGACGUUGUCGCAUCGGAAGCGCACUGGACAUUUGAUUAGCAUUAAGCUAAUUAAAGUUUAAUGGGACAGGUUCUGGACAGAGAUCGUGCCAGUUAAAAUAUGUUAAAGAUACAAUCAUACUGUAUUAUGAAAAAAAUAUUGAUUUUUUUUCCCAAUUGCAAACUGAUAUUGAAAUGGGGAGAACUGAAUUUAAGGUUGGAAAAACGAGAAAUGGAGAGACUAAAACUGAUGGGUUCGCUUGUUGCCAGGUGGGACACACAGGGAAUGUGGGGCACUAUGUUCAUGUGUGCGCGCUUCCUUUAAUCUCGAGGUGCCCAAUGUGGUCCUCCCCAGAUUCUGUAGGACUCCAACUCCCACCAGGCCCAGCCAGCAACAUCCAUGUCACCUGCCCCUGUUCCCAUUAGCUCUCACCAAAGACCCAUUCCCUUCCCUUAUUUUUCUUUAGGCCAAAACUCGUCUCCCUCGACUUGAGCUACAACAAUUUCACCAACUUGCUGAGCCUCCUCUUGAAGCUUUUGACGAUGAAGAAACUGCGGGUUCUGGUGCUUCAGGGAAACCCACUCGCCCUGCUGCCUGGCUACAGGGGGUUUGUCAUCGAUAGCCUGCCAAAACUCUGCACGCUUGACGAUGUGAUCAUCACACCUGACGAGAGACACGACUUCUUAGAGCUGUCUAGCAAUCCGGGUGAGACUUCCUUAGUCAAAGAGCAGUCCAUCUAUGGAAUUUCCACAUCCCUGACAAGUGGCCAGGCAGGGCUAUCUUAGUUCCAGCAGCCAAAAUAUCCAAUGUGUGAUAGUCGGGGCAAGUAAAAGAACUGACUCAUACUCAGAAUGCCAAACCUAGCUUUGCAGUGCAGCUGGACACUUGAACCCAAGCCUGUGUAUGUUUUUCUGGAGCCUCAAUAUUCAGUUUCUCCCCAGACCUUGUAAUAUUAUGGCCCUUGGGUGACCCCUGGUGGUGUAGACUUUUAGACCUCUUCUGAAAUAGACUAGGAUUCAUGCUGAAGCAAAGCUAGAGGAAGUUAAAAUGCUGUGCUUGGAUAAUACCCUCCAUCAUUUUUAUCUUAGACUCCCCUUCCUCCCCCGCCGUGAGAUCACAGAGUCUCAAAACGCACAUUUUGGUGCAAAACAUUCAGGACUGCCACCUUGUGUGAUAUCAUGGAGUCCAAAAAUGUGGGUUUUGGGGCUCUGAUAUCGUGCAAGGUUGCAAUCCUGUGUUUUGAGGUGCUGUGCUGGAUUGCCUCUGUUGUAACCCCCAAACACCCGUGCGAAUGCUAAACAUUCUGUGAAUACACAGAUUGUUGGGUGAAAACAUGGAAAGCCAGAGGAAAUGUAAUGGAAUGGAGUGUCCUGGGAGAAGGUGUGGCUGAACCCUGAGCAGGAGCAUUCUACACUGCAGCAUUUUGUUGCAGCUCCCACUUGUACCCACCCACAAUUUAGUGCUCUCCUCUACCCCCAACCCCAUGAGACCUUUGCACAGCUGAAACAGCGCACCUUCCUUUGCCCCCACGGCUUGACCAGUCCUGCUUUGCUAAGCUGUUUGGGGGCAGAUGUUACAUCCUGCCUGCGUAUGUCUGUCUAUCCUGUGAUUCUGCAUUCAAACGGAUGUUGCCGUUCGAUGUUUUGUCUCCUGCUUUCGCAGAGCUCUUAAAGUGCUACACUAAAAUGGUCGUGGUCGUUGGCAAAGUCAGGGGUGUCCCUAAUCCUCUUGGCCCAGAGGAACCGGAGACUGGACCCGAGGCUCCAAUAAUCACCUACAAUUACUACGUGACGUAUGAAUUUGCCAAAGAUGAGAAAAUUGAGGAGAAAGAAACAGACAAGGUAGACAUUCUUGAAAUGGGGUUGUAUGUAUGUCACUGAUUAAACUGGUUUCAACAGUUCUGCGCUUUCUCCAGGGAGCCCUGGAAAAUGUAGUUCUGCAAAGGGAGAUAGGGAACUAUUAUUAUUAUUAUUAAAACAAUUCUUAAUUAAAAAAAAUUACCCUUCAGCCAAUGAUCAUAGGGUGCUUUACAAUGUAAAAACACAAAAUUGCAUAGCAUGAUAACAAACGAAAACAAUACCCCCUAAGACAUAUACACAGCUUAAAAGGCUAUAGAUUUUUUAAUUAGCCAAAGGCCUGGCGCCUAAAGAUAUGAAAUGAAGGCACAAGCUACAGUUCCCAAUGUGGAGGAAGCCAUGACAGUUACUAUAGUAUACCUUUGGUAGUGUGAACAAGCCUUACCCUAUAGAGCUUAAGUCCUACACAUGGGAGUAUUUCCAUAAGGGCACAACAGUCCAGUGAGGACUGAACCUUGCUUGCAGCUGUUGUGCAGAACCAUCAACUGCGAAAUGAAGUGGAAUUUGGGAUGGAUGCAUUUCAGUAAUGCAAAGGAGGAGGCAAUUCCAUCGUACCAGGAGGAGACACCGCAGAAAAUGAUAAUAAUGCUUUUUGCCCUCUUUAAAGCUGAAUGGCAGGGACGCGGGUGGUGCUGUGGCCUAAACCACUGAGCCUCUUGGGCUUGCCGAUCAGAAGGUUGUCGGUUUGAAUCCCUGCGACGGGGUGAGCUCCCAUUGCUCUUUCCCAGCUCCUGCCAACCUAGCAGUUCGAAAGCACGCCAAAAAGUGCAAGUAGAUAAAUAGGUAGCGUUCCGGCAGGAAGGUAAAUGGUGUUUCCGGGCGCUGCACUGGUUUUGCCAGAAGCGGCUUAGUCUUGCUGGCCACGUGACCUGGAAAAACUGUCUGCGGACAAACGCCGGCUCCCUCGGCCUGUAAAGCGAGAUGAGCGCUGCAACCCCAGAGUCGUCUGCGACUGGACUUAACUGUCAGGGUCCUUUACCUUUACCCUUUAAAGCUGAAUGGCAAAGAUAGCAGAAUACAAGUGUCAGCUGCAAUAAACAUUGCAAUGUUGAUUUUUUAUGUUCAGGAUUCCACCAGCCAGACAAGCCCCUUUUCAGGAUAUUCCACUCUAUUCCCCCUGCAAUAGUUGCCCACAACAAGCUUCCCAUCAAUAGUAGAUGCUUCCCUUAUAGCACAGAAGCAGAGUCACUUGUAAAUGCAGUUUUUCAGGGGGCCAGAGAAACUCUGAUAUACACCAUUAUGCAGUCUUUUCCAGGUUGAUCAGAGUUUCUGUUGAUAAUCUUUUGGGAGAACUCCAAUUUUUAAACUAAAGAGAAGUUUCAAAGCUCCUAAAUGUAGCAAUUUUGCUUAGACAAUUUUUAUUUUGCUUACAAAUAUCUCUACCUUUUAAUAUUAUGUAUUCUUUAUUCUGUAACUGGUUGAUGGGUUGUAAAUAACUUGUUUUAUUCAACAGUAUGCAUUAGGACAGCCUUCCCCAAACUUCUGCUGUCCAGAUCUUUCAGACUACAACUCCCAUCAAGUGUGCCAGUUGAGGCUGAUGGGAUUUGUAGUAAGAAAAAAUCUGGAGGGGACCAGUUUGGGGAAGGCAGCUUCAGUGCCACCUAUGCCUUCAUUCCCCCCCCCCCUUAUUUUGAUCCAUGGAAUGCAGCUGUUCUUGGUGUCUGCAUAUUUCCCAGCUAUGAAAUUUUCACGUGAUUCUUCUUAUAUAUUAUAAUGGCAGUGUGUCUUAGCAGAACCGGUAUCAACUACAUUGAAUGUUGUAAAUGCACAAGGAGGAGUGGAAGGAGGGGGAAGCAACGAGCCCACACCUGUGGACUCUUCAAUCAAAUCUCCUACUGAGCCUGGUGAGUAGCUCCACAGGGCCUGAUGGAGUAAAUUGGACCACAAGUGAACUUGCAUUCUGCAUGCGUUACCAGCCCCACACAGAUAACUCCAAGAAUCCUAGCUGCAGGGAGUUCCUCAUGUGCUUAGCUGAGCCUUCUAGCUGAGCUUAGCCAAGCCUUUGGGCACAGCUGAGGGCUUCUGCAAGCUUUAAAACUCAUGCAGAAAUUAACCAGGGUAAUUAUUAAAUAGCUCAGCUCUAAUGUGCUAUGAGUGCACUUUGCAAGACUGUAGUAGAUUUGAGCUAUCUAGCUGCUGAUAUUUAGCUAUAGUUUCUAAAGAAUGCCUAUUAAAAUCCUUUGCUAGGCUUCUACUAGGAAGUUGCUUGGCUUCCUAGUUUCAGAAGUCAUGAUUGCAAAGUGGAGCAUGACUCUUCAAUGGCAGAAAGUUGUUACGCAGCCACCUUUGUUUCCAAGCUCUUUCCCAAAGUCUGUGGAUGAGUAACGGGCAGCCUUUAAAAUGUCACCAGGUUUAAAUGCACCAUAAAUGCAACUACACAUAUGCCAGUCCCUUCAAAUUAAGUCCAGGUUUUCUUCACCUGCUAUGGAAAGGAGGGGGAAACCUGUGGCCCUAUAGAUGUUGACGGACUACAUGUUCCAUUAUCCCUGACGGUUUGCCAUACUGACUGGAGAUGAUGGGAGCUGGAGUCCAACCACACCUGGAGGACUGUAAGUUCCUGCACCCCUGUGCUAAGGGACAAGACAAAGCACAAGUGCGAUCCCACUUCAUGCCCCCACCUCUCCUUUUCUGUCAAAUCUGUUAUUGUUACACCUACAAUAACUGCAAUUAAAUCAGUCAUGGAUAAUGGACAUUGUAGUCCAGGACACCAAGUUGUUGGAAGUUGGUUUAAAUCAAUAAAGCCUUUUUCUCUUUGCUUGGGCCCCUUCUUUGCAGGGAAACAGCACAGAGAUAUUAAUUCUGCUUAAUGAAAACUUGGUGUGAUUGCAAAGUAUGCAGGCUGUUCUCUUUAACUGAACCACAUCUUUGGCCCAGUUAAAGAGAAUCAUUGCUGUCCUUGAUUUUCUGUUACCUGAAGGUGAUUAUCUCCAACCAAAUUUGGGAAUGAUUAUUGGCCUAGUAAGAAAUCAGCUAUCCACUUCUUAAAUAGUGUUGCUACUGCUUUAUCUCUCGGGACACUGAGGGACCUGUUAGCAGAGCAUGCUGGUUGAUUAUUAACAAAGGACAUUCUUAUCCUGAACUGUCACCUGAUCUAGCACAAGAGUUUUGGCCUUCCUGUUUAACAUGCUGAAUUGCAACUCAGAUGUUGAGGCAAGAAGGGGUUGCUUUUAAAUCUCCCUGUCUGGUUUGAUGCAAAACCCCAGUCAUGUUAUAAGCAGUGGGGCAGGGCAGGGGUGGGCCUCUGGGGUUCGAAGCCCACCAGAGAGAUUCUCUGUAUUCUUCUCAGAUGCUUUUGCCUGGCUGGAAUGUGUCCUUGGAAAUGUGAUAAUGCCUUUUGCAUGCCUGGAUGAAGGGCUAGGGGGUACAUUGGGCGGGUGUCUGCAAAAACCAGAAAUUUGCAUUGCUAGACUGUAUGCUUCCAUUCAACAGUAAGGGAAGAAUCCAUUGCUCUGCCUGUAUUUUGCCCCUGGUAUCUGCCCGCCCCCCCGGCCCCUCAAAGGUGGCACAUGAGGGAAUGUGACCUGACCUUUGAGGUGUCCUGUUCUGAAGAUGUGCUUUCCUCAAAAGCCCUUCGUUUCUCCCCCUUAGGAAAUGUUUAUUCCACCCCUCGAAAGCCCUGGGCUGAGGUCAUAGACUGUGACCACACAAAGGAGCAUGUCACCAGAGAUAUGGUCGCUCUGAAGGCCUAUCUUCUCGCCGGAACCACGGUGACAGUUGUGGAGGAAAAGGUUACGUAUUCCAAGGCAGAUUCUGUACAGAUAUAGAUGCAAAUAUAUAUGCAAAUAUUCAAACUGUCUUUUAUAUUUACAUGUUUAAAUGGUUUUUUUAUGUACUGAAGUUCUCACCCUGGGCCAGCAGGGGGAUACUGUAGAUAGUUAUGCAAAUGAAGGAUCGAAAGUGACAUUCAGUGAUUGGAUAGUUUGUAUGCAAAUGAAGGAUCGGAAGUGACGUUCGGUGAUUGGAUAGUUUUAGAAAGUUGUUACAGUAACAAGGUACUGGAGCUCUAUAUAAGCAGGCUGACUGAGCCCUUCAGCUCAGUUCAGUUCUGGCCUCAGAAUAAAGAAGAGCUGUUUGAAGAAUCGCUGUGUCGUCUGAUAUGUUCGCCCACAACUUAACAGUUUUUGUAUAUGUAAUUGUUUUCACAUGUGUUAUUAUGUUGUUAAUCGCUUCAUGAUGCCCCAUGGGAAGUGAUUUUGACCUCUGCAGCUGCCUCAGCUUUUGUAGCUGGAGUCAGUCCAGACCCUGCCCUCCCAGGCCAGGGGAAAAAAAGCUUGCAGGGCAGGGAGCAAGUCUUUUUGGACUCACAGCCAAGAUGGGAAUAUACUAAAAAUCCACGUUAACAUAUCUAUUCUGGAUUUUGGCUUUUUAAAUGUUAGCGGGUGAUAUGAAAUGUUACAAUGUUACAUUAAAUGCUACAAUGGCAUGAAAACGCCCCUUUGCUUUUGCGUUUUGAAAGUUCACUAAUAAUCUGGCCUUUCGUUGCCCUAAUAAACUCUCUUGCUUCACCAGGUUGUCUCGUGGCCGGUCGUUCUCACCCCAAAUGAAAGCCCAACCAAAAAAGGCAAAGAUAAGGGGAAGGCAGAGAAAGGGAAGGGAAAGGGGAAAGGGAAGGAGAAGGAGAAGGAGAAGGAGAAGAAGGCAGAGAAAGGGAAAAAGGACAAAGGCAAAGAGGAGAAGGGGAAAGCAAAGGAUGCUGGAAAGGUAAUGAGAGGUGAGAGUUGUGCCCGACUGUUGCUCCAGUCAAAAGUGUAUGAAGCCAGACCGGGGGGCAGUUAAGCAAUGCCUGAAACAGAAAUGUCAGUUUGCAAAACACGCAUAAAGCAUUUUAUGUAUGUAAAGACAAAAUUAGGGGGGGGGGAAUGGGGUUAUUCUCAAAAGGUGUGGCAGGAGAGGAUGGCACGGGUGGCGGGAAGAUUCAAGGACAACCCAGGAAACAUUUUAACAUUUCAGCGUGGUGCGGUGCAGUAUCAAAAUAUUUUUGUUUUAUUUGUAGAAUAUGUAGCUGCAUUGUUUAAUACUUUCUGGAUGUUCCAUGAUCAUAUUGCAAAGUAGUUGUGUUCUGUGUUAUAUCAAUCAAGCACUGCUAGGAGUUGUUUCUUUUUAAUUUUCCGAUGCAUUUCUUAUCAAUAAAAAAAAAUUGGUGUAGUGCGAGCAAACCUUUAAUCUGAAAGUAUGGCCCAGAUAAAAAGUUUGAGAACCACUGGGUUAAGCAACGCGGGAAGCCUUGCCUUCCCGUUAUGUCCAAACAAGGGAUAGUGGUUUGUUGCUCCUUAACAGGCCACGAUUCAUAAGCUGGCAAUAUACUCUGGCUUCAGGUUGGCUGGUGGUCAUGGCCACUUGUUUGGUAGAAUGAAACCGUAGCCCCUGGUUUGGCUGUAACGUGCAAAGCCAGGGAGUCUGGCACAGUCCCCUGGGCUCCUUUGGGAGGAAGAGGGGUGGGGUAUGACCUUAAAUAUAAAUAAUGGUCCUUGUUUGUUUAUUGCACUCAUGCAAAGUGUGUCCAAGCUCCCUGCUCUUCACAAUAGGCCAAGGUCAGCCAGGAAGUCUGGCUUGGCCACUUUGUGAGGUAACAGAAAAAGAUCUCACAAGGAAAACAAUUAGCUGCCCACAGCCUUCAUUUUUAGGACGCAAAAGCCUGCCCUUCAAAAUUCUCUUCCUGUGUAGGCCUGAUAAACUCUGUCCCUUCCCAUUUUUAGAUGUCACUUGAACAUGUUUCCAAAAGGUGACUCUGCUUUUGCUGCUUGUAGUCCAAAAUAUCUGGAAGGCUUUAGAUUGGCGAAAUCUGUUUUGCAUUUGUUUGUAGGGCUAGCCUGAAGCAUUUGGAUCCUUUAGGUGAGGCAGCAGAUGGUGUCUCCCCCCCCCCACCCCAGAGAGUACCCAAAACUUGCCAAGUUAUUUUGGCAUCCAAGGCAGAAAACCCCAGAAGUGCCUCUUUCCUUCUCUGGCAGGUAAAACAAAAAUAACAGUAAUAAAUUAAAAAACUUUCUGCCUUUCGUGACAGCUGUAAUUAGCUGCCUUUAGUGCCUGCCUCACAUUGCCCGACAGCGGAGCCAGCGAUGGUUUUGGAUUUUCUGCUGUUCUCAAUUGACGACAACAAAAGCAAUAAUAAGUUACCAUAUUUUUAUUUUUUUAAUGUAUUUAGCAGUUUAUGUUGCAUUUGCAAUAGAACUGCCAGGAUAGCAGUGUUUAAAACAUAAUAAAAUUUCUAAGAUGGUGGUCUUGGAAUUGCAUGCCCUCUAACAUUUCUCUACCAAAAAUAGGGACAUCCUAUUCAACAACAACAACAACAACAACAACAACAACAACAACAAUAAUAAUAUCCCACUCAUCUGACUGGGUUGCCCUUGCCACUCCAGGCAGCUUCCAACAUAUAUAAUAACAUAAUAAAACAUCAAACAUUAAAGAAACUUCCCUAUACUUUAGAUGUCUUCUAAAUAUUGUAUAGUUACUUACCUCCUUGGUUCUGGGAUCGUAUAAUUCCAUACCCUCCAACAUUUCUCUGAUGAAAAUAAGGACAUCCUAAGGGAAAGCGGGACAUUCUGGGAUCAAAUCAGAAACCGGGACGGCUUUUGUAAAUCCGGGACUGUCCCUGGAAAAUAUGGACAUCUGGAGCGUCUGGAAUUAGGAUUCAGUAUCAGUGAAUCACAAAUAAACAAGGAAUUAAUUUAUAAAUAUUCAAAUAAAUAAAAAGUUAGCUGACUGUAACUCCUCCUCUGACCCACGGCAAUUUUUGUAGACUCUUUAAAUUGACCUGCUUGAGUUUACAAUGUGCAUUAUUGCAACAGCGGUUGUGUUUAUUGUUAGUGUUUGUUACUGUGGUUGUUAGCUGGAUAUUCUGAAAAUCUUUGAAUAAGAUUAUUAAUAACCCAGAAUGAAUUUAUCUGAUAUGCUGCCACAUCCCCAUAGGGUGGGAAGAAAAAGAAGUCUCCUUCUCCUGAGCUACGAAGUGACCCUCCCAUCGUGAAGGUCCUGGGCUCAGGCCAUGUCAACCUGGAAAGCCUUCUGGCGGGAGAGCCUCUUGUGGAGACCGUGUGCGACUUUGGCAUUCUGAUAACGGAGUCAACUAGUAAGCCCCCGUCUCCGAAAGAAAAGGUAUUUGGCAACUGAAUCUGUGUUAAAUGCAGCCACCAGGUCAGAAAGGUUGUUUUCCUGAGAAAGCCCCCCGUGGGCAGAAUUGGGCCUUGGUGCUCCUAUUUAUGUCACCAACAUUGCCUGAAACAGGACAGAAACGGCUGUUAAGCCUGUGCUUAGAGUCAGAAUGGGAGGUUAGGUUGGCCCCCAUCCCAACAUAAAUCCUGAAAAAAGCUUUCCGUGUCGUCAACCAACAUGGCCAAGGUGGUUUCAGUCCCAUGAUGGGUUUCAGUACCAGUUGGAAGGGAUCCAAAUGGUCCACGUGCUCCAGAUGUGCCUGGAGGGAGCUCCCACUCAGUCACCUUGGCCAGGAAGACUAUCUGCAAUAAGGAAAGCGACGUGGAAAGUGAAACUGGAAAGUAUAGGGGUAACAUUUUCCUGAUGCAACGUCCUCUAGCCUCCCUGCAAACAAACCAGGAAGAAUGCUCAUUCAGCCGCCAACAUCAUCUAAUCUCCCCACAGCCAAGUCAGGAUAAAAGCAGCCAGAGGGUUGUAGUAACUGAGAGCUCAGGAGUCACAAGGCCCUUCGUGUGGCCCCUGGGGGCAUGAGGCCUACUGCAUGGAGCAAGGGCUAUCUGCUGACCUGUGUGGGAUGUCAUCCCACCUACCCACAAAUAUGGGGCAGCUCAUCAGCUGGGCUUCUUGUGGGCAAUGUUAUGUGCAUAUUGCCUUGAGAAUGGUGUUUUAGAACAGGGGUCAGCAAACUUUUUCAGCAGGGGGCCGGUCCACUGUCCCUCAGACCUUGUGGGGGGCCAGACUCUUUUUUUUGGGGGGGGGGAAAUGAACAAAUUCCUAUGCCCCACAAAUAACCCAGAGAUGCAUUUUAAAUAAAAGGGCACAUCCUACUCAUGUGAAAACACGUUGAUUCCCUGACUGUCCGCGGGCCGGAUUGAGAAGACGAUUGGGCCGGAUUCGGCCCUUAGUUUGCCUACCCAUGGUUUAGAAGAUGAUUAAUAAAUGUAAUAAUGAUAAUGACCUCAGGUUGUGUCACAGAGUCUCCAAACGCGUAGGUCAGGCCUCCAUCUGGCUGUACAGACUGUUCCUGGAAGAACUCUUAGUCUGUCAUAACCUUGUACGGAAGAAAAUACCCACUUUUUAGAAUAACUUGGCUGAUCAGACUGAAAGUACAGACGUGUGGUUUGAAAGGUGUAGCUCCAAAGUAUUUAAUCGGUAUGACAUUUCUGCACUGCCUUUUUUUUUUUUUUUUUGCACACGUGUGUUUCUAGCCUCCCUAAAAAGCACAAACUUCUUUUCUGUAGGAUAGUAAAAAGGGUGCUAAAAAGGACAAAAAAGCCAAAGCUGCAGCUACCGAGACCGCAGCGACAAAGAAGGCCACCACACCUGUCAAAGGUAAUCCCAGGAGAGCCCCUUCGUAUUAUGGUUACUUUGGGUGUCUUUGGGUGCUGGAAAUCUGCAUGAAGCCCGGGCAAACUGCAAAGUUAAAAUCUUCACUAAGAUGACAGUUAUGCAAAACAGUGGUGUUUUGCAUACCUAACUGCCUGUAACCAGGGCUGUGUACCCACCAUAUAUUUAAAGUACAUUUGAAAGACAUUUCCUUCCUUCUGGAAACGGUAGUUUGUUAAGGGUCACCAGGAACUGUAGCUCCGCUUGGGGUAAACUUCAUUGCCCAUAAUUCUUUCAGGGAAAGAAUGUGCUUUGAAUAUUCUUUAAAGGUAUAACGGGUACAUAGCCUAGGGAUGUAAGAAAACAUCGUUUUCAAUUCUACCCCAUACAGCACUGGUUCCAGUCCACUACCAUUUGUUUCCUGCCCAAAACUAUUCCACUUGUCUCUCCAUCUGCUGUGGUGAAAUUGUAUAGCUCACCUAAUUAAUUAUGUAAAUUACAUUAUUGCAUUGUCAUUACGCUGUUCUACCCUAUUAAUUCCAGUGCAAAGGAAACACAAUACAGAUGGGGAGCAGGAAGCAACGUAAUCAGCAACGUGCUCCUUGUGGACUGGAAGCCACAAGAAUAGUGACUAUUUGCACAAUUGAUUUGUGUUCCAGACAUGAGGCGAAUAAGCAAACAUUGGAAGUGAAUUUUGUUUAACAAAAUUUCUAUAAUGCUUAUAAAAUUUCUAAGCACUUACAAAACAUAACAGCAAAACAUUAAAAUCAUCAGUAAAAGAACAGUAUUUAAAACAUUCAAAAGAUAAUUAAAAGCAAUAAAAAGGUAAAUGAUAUGUAUAUCUCGAAAGGCAUCCCUAAGCAAAAAUAUUUUAAGCAACACAAAAACGCCUGAGGCCAAUAAGCAGGGAGUUCCAAAGUGAGGCUGUUGCCACACCAAAAUACUGUUUUCUUAUUGAAUGAGUAGCCUAUGGCACUUUUAACAGUGCCACUUCCACACCGACCGAAGCAGCUAAGAUUAGGCAAGUAAAUUUACGCUCCCAUUUCCAUUCCCAUUGGAAUCCUCUGGUAUCUCUCCCUGUACCUGCACUUUUGCAAGCAUUCUGCUUCUCUUAUGGGGACCAGGAACUACUAGUUCUUUUUUAAAGGAUAAUGGAAAAUCACCAAGAGGUCACGAUUCUAUGUCAUUCUGUUAGACUAUUUCGGAACAGAGGAAGCUGCCAAGUCAGAACCAUUUGCCCAUCUACCCCAGUAUUGUCUACACUGACUGGCAGCAGCCCUCCAGGAUUUUAGACAAGGAGUCUUUUCCAACCCUCCCUGGAGAGGCCAGUGGGGACUGAACCUGUGACCUUUGGCUCGCAAGGCAGGUGCUCUGCCACUGAGCUGUGGCCCUCCCUCCUUGUCAGAGUGGACUGGUAUGACUGUCUUACGUGGAGGAAGUGAUUUGACCUUUCCUGGAGAUCUCAGGCCAUAACAAGGAAGACUGGCUGCGAGAAAAUCUAUGAGGAGUUUGUGCCCCUGUUGGUUAGACAUGGGCAGAUCCAUUUUCCAUUUGAAUUGCACCCAGAAUCAGUUGCAGUCCCCUUACAGUAAGACAGACUCUGCUGUCUGUUACAUCACACACUAAAGGCGUCUGCACUUUCCCUGGGCAAGAGGUCCAGGAAUUCAAUGGGACUUUGUUUUGUGUUGGAUUGUGCUGUAAGUGCACAUUUUAACCCUUCAUUUUAACACUUGUAAGGAGCCGAGCGCACCACCCAAUUUGUUCCAACUACAGGAAAUGGCUGUCAUUGUCUUCCAACUGGUGUCAAAUAUUGAGUUACUAGCCCAUAUAAGUAAACAUAAUAUAUAAGGUGGUGCUUGUCGCUUCCAGUUUUCCAUGAUGCGGAUUAUGAUGUUUACCUGGGAGACAGGUAAUUCCUUUCAGCAUCAUGUGGAGAGUUGUUAAGCCAGAGUAGAGUUGACUUUGUGAUAAACACUCUGACUUACCCGUUGGUCAAGGUGCCUGGGUGGGAGAAAUGAAGAGGAAAUAUGUUUUCAUAUAGAGACAUUUCCUUGAAUGGUUUGUGAAAGGCAGACAAUUUGUUUGCAGAUGUUUGGGUAUGACUGCUGAACUUGAAAAUGUUGUUUUCAUAAAGUCAUGUGGCAGGGAAGUGUGGUAUCAAUUCAUGCAUGAGGGAUUCUGCCUACAUGCACCCCAAACAGCAACAAAAUAUUUUGGCAGUAAAAAAAUAAACCUGGAAGAUGAAGAAAUAGCUGCAGGUGUGUUUCACUUCAGCUCCACCAGAGGCACUUUAUCAAUACUGCCUGGUGUCUUCUACCUGUUUUGGACUAUAACUCUGCCCAGCACCUCUGUGCUGGCUGGAGCAGAUGGGAGUUGUGCUGCAAAAGAGCUGGAGAACACCCAGUGGGAGAAGGCUGGUUCCAACAGUAAGCAGGGGCUGUAUGUGGCAAUGACCAUGUUAAUGUAAACAUAUGAGAUGGCAUUGAAAGUUAUAGAUUAAUCAAAACCUUAACGACUGGGCGUGGUUUAGCUCAGGGGAUAAAGCUCCAAGAAGUCUGUCUCUGGGAUCUUUAAUGACUCCCAAUGUCAAUUGCAAACAAUCUGAUAACCUGCACCUUCGCUUUUUCCUUCAGCUCAAAACCUCUUGUUGGAGCUAUGAAUUUUAAAAUUACUGAACGGGUAGUCCCUCCUUGGGUACAUAGGAAGUUGACUCAUACCCACAGGCCCAACUAGCUCAGGACACUGACUGGAGACAGGGUUGCUCUCAGACCUGCAGGCUGCAAAACAUUUGCUCUACCACUGACUGACCUCCUUUCCCAUUCCCCCCAUCAGUUCAGCCCCUUUGAGGUAUGAAUAAUAGUUGGUUGAAAACAAACCAACAAACCCUGAAAGGCUACAUGGGUUAAGGGAAAAGGUCCUUCAGGGGGUCAGUUUUAAGUACACCCACUCAGUGGGUAGGAGGCUUAAAAGAAGCAACAGUACAUAUUUCUCCCUUCUUUUUCCAGGAAAGGGGAAAAAGAAGGACUCUCCAGAUGGGGCAGAUAUUCUUCAGAGCCAGCCAGUACCGCUGACGGUGGAAUUCCAAAUGCAACAUGUGAAAUGGAAUUCAGCUUCACAAAUCCUUUUACAUUACAACAUGUCAGAGUAAUUGUUUUGUGGGGAGCACAGAUUGUGCUUUUUAAAAAGCUUCAGGGGUGAGGGAUGUGGAUUCUCAAGAGCUAUGUCUACCUGCUGCGGGAAGCUGAGGUUGUAAGGGCAGGCAGUCGCAGUAAAGGUUAUGCCAGGGCAGGGAUGCCUUUAUAUCACACAUCUGCAUCUUUGGCCUGACCUCAGAAGUUUGACCAUUUGGCUCAUCCUGGAUGCAGGGAGCAUCACUUUCCUGUGGAACACUGAAGACCUGCUGCAUUUGGGUGGGAGGCAGCGCGGCGGAAUUGAUUUAUUUGCAAAUGUUCUGAGGUCCAGAUGCAGAACUGUCCAAAGGCAGAGUCGGCACAGGUUCCCCCUCCCCCCAAAAGGUUCUGAAUAGACAAGAGCCCCCACCCACAAGCCUUUCUGCUUCCAAAAUCCAAGAUCAGCAUUAGUGGCCAAAUCCUGCCCACCCCCUUUCCCCAAAAUAGAGACAAUAUAUAUUUGAUGGGACCAUUGGCUUAAAGAGAAUGUACCAACAGUAUGUCGUCUGAUUUUCAGUUUAGCCUCUAAACUUUUGUAAGAAUCAAGGGAAUAAAGCCUUUAACCAUCUAUCAGCAGCCAAUAUAUCCUCCUGUCUCACAGUGUGGAAAGUUUGAAACCUGCAAAUAUGGACACCCGAAAGCCUACGUAUGUGGGUGUAAAUGCAUGUGCACUCUCUGUUCUUUAUUUGUGCCUGAUAAUUGUCACCCCAAAGCCUGCAAAAGCUUUACUCAACAAUAGCUCAACAAUUUUGUCUUCAGCAUCUAGUACAUUUCCCACACCAGCAAAUUGCAUCAUUGUAACUUUUGGGACUACUCUGGACAUGCGAUCUAGCUAGCAAGUUUUAAUAGAGUAUUUUUGGUUUGGUGAAAUAUGUUCUAUUCACCAACCUGGAUUAUUAGUUGCAUUUAUCACAGAGCAAGUGUUUAAACCUCAUGGUUUCAGAGAAGCUCAGAAGAAAACUGAAUAGCACUUGUCAUAGUUGUGAUAGAGCUUCUGUUGACUUACCUCUCCUACUGCACCCUGCCUCUUUUAUUCUGCAGUUUGUGAAAAGUCUCAACAGCCCACCUGGUGUUUAUAAUAAAUGUUAACUAGGAAUGUU